AUGAGCAAACCUGAACAAGUUUGGGACCAAACUUGGCAUUGGAUGGCUGAUGACAUUGUCUAUAAUUAUAAAAAAUCAUCAACAAGUCCAGCAUUGCAGCUUGAUGAUAGAACUCUUCAAAAUUUGGUCUUGCUUGAAAUUGAACAACUGCUGCAAGCAAAUCAAAGAUCGCUAAGAGACUAUCCUUCAAUGCCAUAUCCAGAGGAUGUGAAUUGUCCAGCUUAUUUAGACAAUAGCCUUAUAUUAGCUGAACUGAACUACAACAAUGAAGAACUUAGAUCAGAGUUUGAACAUCUAUUUUCUCACAUGACAGAUGAACAAGCUUCAAUUUACAACCAGAUUGUUGAAGCUGUUAAUAAAGAUGAAGGUGGUAUGUUUUUUCUCUAUGGAUAUGGAGGUACAGGAAAAACAUACAUUUGGAAAACACUUGCAAGUUCACUAAGAGCUGACAAUAAAAUUGUAAUAAUGAUGGCCUCUAGCGGCAUAGCUUCUCUGCUAUUGCCUGGAGGUAGAACUGCACAUUCAAAAUUUAAAAUUCCAGUUCUAGUUUUUGAAGACUCAACUUGCAAUAUCCAUCAAGGAACUCAAUUAGCCGAGCUAUUAAAUCAGACAAGUCUAAUCAUUUGGGAUGAAGCACCCAUGGCUCACAAAUUCUGUUUUGAGGCACUUGAUCACAGUCUUAGAGAUAUCAUUAAACACAACUCAAAGGACAAUACAAUCUUUGGAGGUAAAGUCAUGGUCUUUGGUGGAGAUUUCCGGCAGAUCCUGCCAGUCAUUCCAAGAGGCAGCCGCAAUAAUUCCAAACUGUUAUCUUACUAA